CGGAGAAUGGCGGAGGCCAGCGCGCUUGAGGAGCUCCAGACGGAGCUCACCUGCCCGGUGUGCCUGGAGCUGUUCCGGGACCCGGUCAUCCUGGAGUGCGGCCACCACUUCUGCCAGGUGUGCAUCGUCCAGUGCUGGGAGGCCAAGGCGGACGAGCUGUCGAGUUGCCCGAAGUGCCGAAAGUCGUGCGCCCGCAGGCUCAGACCCAACUCGCUGCUGUGCAACGUGGUGGACAGCGUGCGCAGAGUGCGCGCCAUGGACGAGGCGGCGGCAGCUGGGGGGGGGCCCUCGGGCUGGGAGAACUGCGCGUCCCCGGAGGUGGCCGAGGAGCGCGAGCCCGGCUCCAGCAUGAGCAGCGUGGCCUCGUCCGUCGGACACUGGCCGCACUUCGGGAUGGACAUGUGCGAGGAGCACGAGGAGAAGCUGAAGCUGUACUGCGAGGACGACCAGCUCCCCAUCUGCCUGGUGUGCGGCAUGUCCCGGGACCACAAGACCCACAACGUCAUCCCCAUCACGGAGGCCUUUGAGAACUACAGGGACAAGCUGACCGUGGCUCUGGAGAGGGUCCAGCUACAGACUGAGGACGCCACGCUCUUCCAGAGGCAGACCAACGAAAAGAUCCUUCUCAUCAAGGAGCGAGCGGGAGAUCUGGAAGAGCAGGUCACUGCAGAGUUCAGCCGCCUGAGGGAGUUCCUGCUCCAGGAGGAGGAGCGCAUCAAGGAAAAGCUGCAGAAGGAGAAAGAGGAGAAGCUCGGCCAGCUGGAGGAAGGGCUCACGCAGGCCACCGAGCAAAUUAGCCAGCUGGAGAGCACCGCGGAAAAGCUUCGCCUCAAACUGAGGGAGGAGGAAAAUCCAGAGCAGCUCAAGGGAAUCAAAGAUUUCAUCGGAGGGGCUGAGAGCCUGUUUGAGCGCCCCCCAGAGGUGGCCGUGGAUCUGCAGUCAGGGGAGUUCCUGGGACCUCUGCAGUACAGAACGUGGAGGAAAAUGAGCUCCAUUUUUCAACCAGCUGUCUCCGCGGUGACCCUUGACCCCGACACGGCCUACCCCCGUCUGUGGGUGUCUGCCUGUGGCACCAGCGUCCAGGUGGGAAAGGUCCAGACCAACCUGCCCAACAACCCGGAGCGCUUCACCCGCUACAACAUCGUCCUGGGCUCUGAGGCCUUCUCCUCGGGCAGACACUACUGGGAGGUGGAGGUGGGAGGCAAGACGGCGUGGGGUCUGGGGGUGGCCAGAGCCUCCGUCAACAGGAAGGAGGAGAUCAGCCUGUGCCCAGACGAUGGUUUCUGGACCAUGGUGCGGCGGGACAGGGGCAACGGCACCAGCGAGUACGAAGCCUGCACGGAUUCAGACGAGAGCCUGAUAUACCCCCCCAAAGCCCCCAAGAGGGUGGGCGUCUAUCUAGACUACGGGCGCGGGGAAGUGGCUUUCUACGAUGCUGGAGACAUGAGCCACCUCUUCACCUUCUACGAUGCAAAGUUCCAGGAGCCUGUUUUCCCCUACUUCAAUCCCUGGCCGAUCAUUAACGGACAAAACCGAGAGCCUCUAACCAUCGUCACACCACACUGGGGAUGA